AUGCAGCCCCAGCGACGCCGGCGUGAGUCCCUCACGCCCCAGCAGCUGCGUGAGUGGUACGCUGGUUGGGGCUGUAGGGGUGGCGACGCUACUCCUACUACCACUCCUGCUGCUUCUACUCGUGGUGGCGGCCAGAUGCAGCUCCCGCGACCCUCUCACGUGUCUCUCACGCCUCGCCAGCUUCGUGAGUGGUACGCUCAGAGUGGAGGGUCUCUCAGUGCUGUUCGCUGCUCUUACGUGAUUCGCACUGGUACUCGGACUGGUCAGCCUUGUGGGACACGUAGUCAUACACCGUCCCGCUGCUUCGCCCGUCUGAGCGACGCCUGGCGUACCGUGUUUGGCGACGAGGCUGAGCUCCCCGACUGGAGGGAGUUGCUUAGGCAGAGGGUAGAUAUAUAUGCUCUUGACUAUGAUGCUAUUCUCACUGCCAUGUAUGCAUUGCCUACUAGUGCUGACCGUGCCGGUCACCUGUGCGUCCCGCCUGACCCAGGUAUAGGACCUGCUGCUCUAGCUACUGGUGAGGCUGCUGCUCUGGGUGCUACUGAGUCUCCUGCUCCAGGUACAGGUGCGGCUGCUGCUCUAGGUGCUAGUGAGUCUGCUUCCUCAGGUGCGGGUGAGGCUGCGCUCUCAGGUACCGCGUUGGCUUCGGCCUCCCUCACCUUUACACUUGACUCUGGGGCUUCUCGCUCCUUCUUUCGGGACCGCACCACACUCACGCCGCUUGGUCGGCCGGUUGCUGUCUCCCUGGCUGACCCCUCUGGGGGUCCUGUCCUCGCUCACUUCUCCACUGUCCUCCCGUGUCCGGCUGCCCCCUCGGGCACCCUCUCUGGCCUGUACCUCCCCUCGUUCUCGACGAACUUGGUGAGUGGUGCAGACCUACAGGAUGCGGGGGUUCACCAGUUCACUCCUGCGAGUCAGCGGGUGACCCACUGCACGGACGCACGCACAGGCCGGCACCUGGCCACGUUCUCGCGUCGGCCGGGGUCGAGCCUCUACACCCUGACCACUGAGUCUCCUCCUGUCCCCGCGUCCGGUCAGGUAGCAGCGUCGGGUCAGGUGUUUGCUGCUGCGUCCAGGUCUGGUCCUGAGUCUGCCCCCUGCUCGUGUCGCCUCCUGUCUCACGAGACUCUUCUGUGGCACCACCCUCUAGGCCACCCCUCCUUGCCCCGUCUUCGGGGCAUGGCUUCCCGUGUCCUUGGUCACGAGCGCUACUUCCUGUUGGUGGUUGACGACUACUCGCGUUACACCUCAGUCUUCCCCUUGCGCAGCAAGGGUGCUGUCACUAAGGUGCUGAUCGACUGGAUCCGCGAGGCUCGUCUCCAGCUCAGGAGGAGCUUCGGCUCGGACUUUCCUGUUCUGCGUCUGCACUCUGACCGAGGUGGGGAGUUCUCCUCUCGCCUUCUGCGAGACUACUGUCGUGUACAGGGGAUCCGCCAGACCUUUACGCUUCCGGACUCUCCACAGCAAAAUGGGAUUGCUGAGCGCCGCAUUGGCAUGGUCAUGGAUGUCGCUCGUACGUCCAUGAUGCAUGCGGCUGCCCCCCAUUUUCUGUGGCCGUUUGCGGUUCGGUACGCGGCGCAUCAGCUCAACCUUCACCCCAGGGUCUCUCGGCCCGCGAUGUCCCCAGUGUUACUGUGGACGGGGAAGGUCGGCGAUGCGUCUGUGUUCCGUGUCUGGGGAUCUCGGGCGUUUGUCCGCGACUUGUCUGCGGACAAGCUGUCCCCCCGUGCUGCUCCCUGUGUCUUCCUUGGCUUCCCCCCUGACGCUCCAGGGUGGCAGUUCUACCACCCCUCCUCUCGUCGUGUUCUGUCCUCCCAGGACGUCACGUUCGACGAGUCAGUCCCCUUCUACCGCCUCUUCCCCUACCGUACUCCUUCCCUUCCCCCCCCACCGGACUUCCUGGUACCAGUUCCCCCCCCGGUAGACCCCCUCCCCCCUCAGGUUCCUGCCCCUUCAGGUGUGUCCCAGGUAGACACGGUCGAGCCAGUCGAGGUUGCUGCUGAGUCUGGUCCUGCUGCGGGUGCUGAGCCUGGGGGUGCUGCUGCUGGGGGUGCUGAGCCUGGGGGUGCUGAGCCUGGGGGUGCUGAGCCAAGGGGUGCUGAGCCGGAGGGUGCUACGUCAGGAGCUGCUGAGCCUGGGGGUGCUGGGCCUGGAGGUGCGGAGCCUGCGCCUGCUGGACCUGGGGGCUCUCCGGUUCUUCCGUCUCGGCGGGAGCCGCUCUCUCCACAGGAGCUGCGCGAGUGGUUUGCUCGCCGCUGGAGGUGUGCUGCUGGAGCUGGAGCUUCUUCGCCUGCUGAGGGUGCUGCCGGUCCCGGAGCUGCUGGGCCUGCGGGUCCUACUGGAGCUGGAGCUGCUGAGUCUGGGGGUGCUGAGUCUGGAGCUGCUGAGCCUGGAGGUGCUGAGUCUGGAGCGGCUGUGCUUGGGGGUGCUGAGUCUGGAGCUGCUGAGCCUGGGGUUUCUCCUGCUGCUGCGUCUCGCCGGGAGCCCCUCUCUCCACAGGAGCUGCGUGAGUGGUUUGCUCGCCGCUGGAGGAGUGCUGCUGGAGCUGGAGCUUCGUCGACCGUCGAGGGUGCUGGUGCUGCCGGUCCCGGAGCUGCUGGGCCUGCGGGUCCUACUGGAGCUGGAGCUGCUGAGGGUGUUGGUGCUGAGACUACUGCUGUCUGUCCUGGCAGUGGUUCUGCUGCUGGUGCUGCUGGAGGUCCUGCCGCUGGAGGUGUUGGUGGCGCUGGUGCUGUCGCUGAGGGUGCUGGUGCUGUCCCUGCUGAGUCUGGAGCUGCCGCGCGGCCUCGGCCGUACUUCGUUCCGCUCCUACAGCAGGUUCUUGGUCUUUCUCCUUCGGUAGAGUGUCCACAGCCUGUCCAGUCGCAGUCACUGUUGGAGCCUUCCUCUCCUCUGCCUGCUCCCUCUCCUUACACUGGUCCUACUGGAGGUCUUGCUGAGCGUCGUGAGCCUGCGUCUCGUCCCGCGUCGCCUGUUCGUGCUGCUCGCGCUAGUGGUCGCGGUUCGCGUCAGCGUCCUCCUCCUGUCCCUGGCACGCACCGGAUGUCUCUGCGUCCGUCCACUGCUCCUCUGCGUGCCCCUUUGCCUUCUCCUCCUGAGUCCUCUCUUCCUGCGCUUGCCGACCCUGAGUCGGACUCUCUUCGCGCUGCCAGUCCUACUGUCACGCGUCUGCUUGCUACUGUCGUCACUGACCCCUCUUUUGAGUCCACUGCUGCGUCUGCUCUAGUCGCUGAGCUCGUUGACUUAGCUGCUCGCUGUCGUCUAGACUACGCUGCUGGUCUUGUUGCUGAGUCUGCGUCUGUCUGUCCUCCGUCCGUCGCGGGUGAGUGUGCUCUUGGCACGGACGUCCUAGAGGACAGACAGGAGGAGUUACAGUGUCUAGCGGCUGCUUCACCUCAUCUCGCGUCUGUACUGCUUGCCCCUGAGGGAGACCCGGAUGCACUAGACAUCCCGACUCCGCGUUCUUACGCGGAGGCCGUAGAGGGUCCCUACUCCUCUCAGUGGCAGGCAGCUAUGGAUGCAGAGAUGGCUUCCUGGAAGUCCACAGGCACCUAUGUUGACGCGGUUCCCCCUCCUGGGGCGAACAUCAUCAGUGGCAUGUGGAUCUUCAGGGUGAAGCGGCCGCCGGGCUCUCCACCUGUCUUCAAGGCGCGGUACGUUGCUCGUGGCUUCAGUCAGCGGCAGGGAGUUGACUACUUUCAGACCUUCUCUCCCACCCCGAAGAUGACCACUCUUCGGGUGCUGCUGCACAUAGCCGCUCAGCGCGACUACGAGCUUCACUCUCUCGACUUCAGCACUGCGUUCCUGCAGGGUAGCCUGCACGAGGAGAUCUGGCUGCGCCGUCCACCUGGCUUCACUGGGACUUUCCCUCCUGGCACCCAGUGGAGCCUCCGACGGCCAGUCUACGGUCUCCGCCAGGCACCGCGUGAGUGGCACGACACACUGAGGACUACGCUUGCGGCUCUUGGGUUUGCUCCUUCUACUGCUGACCCGUCGCUGUUUCUGCGCACCGACACUUCACUGCCGCCGUUCUACAUCCUCGUGUACGUCGACGACUUGGUCUUUGCCACAGCGGACACUGCUGGACUCGCCUACGUGAAGUCCGAACUGCUGAAGAGACACACGUGCACAGACCUGGGUGAACUGCGCAGCUACCUUGGCUUGCAGAUCAUUCGGGACAGAGCACGCCGCACCAUUACCUUGACUCAGUCACACAUGGUGCAGCAGGUCCUUCAGCGCUUCGGCUUCACGUACUCCUCGCCUCAGGCCACUCCUCUGCCUACUCGCCACUCACUCUCAGCUCUGCCUUCGGAUGAGUCCGUAGAGUCGAGUGGUCCGUAUGCAGAGCUUGUUGGCUGCCUCAUGUACCUGAUGACCUGCACACGACCUGACCUUGCAUACCCUCUGAGCAUUCUUGCACGCUAUGUUGCUCCUGGGAGACACAGACCAGAGCACAUGGCUGCAGCGAAGAGGGUAUUGCGCUACCUGUGCAGUACGUCGGGCAUGGGGCUUGUGCUUGGAGGGCGGAGUCCAGUGGUCCUUACCGGCCACGCGGACGCUUCUUGGGCUGACGACCAGGCUACGCAGCGGUCGUCACAGGGUUACACCUUCAGCCUUGGUUCCGGCUCUGUCUCGUGGCGGUCUACUCGCUCGUCUUCGGUUCUCGGCUCCAGUUGUGAGGCUGAGAUCUACGCCGGGGCCAUGGCUGCACAGGAGCUUCGCUGGCUCACCUACCUGCUGACUGACCUUGGAGAGCCGCCUCGUUCUCCUCCAGUGCUGUACGUAGACAACAGGGCCAUGCUGGCCUUGUGUCGAGAGCAGCGCUUGGAGCACAGAACGAAGCACAUUGCUCUCCGCUACUUCCUUGCUCGUGAGCUGCAGCAGCGUGGUCAGUUGCGACUUGCGUACGUGGCCUCUGAGGCCAACACUGCUGAUGUGUUCACCAAGGCACUCGCGCCUUGUGAUCAUCAGCGCUUUUGCACCCAGCUGGGUCUUGUGUCUGCCUUGCCUCACUUGCUCUCCUCUUGA